GAUCCCCACCGAUCCCCUCUAUUCUGGCGAGUUAUCAGUGCAUACAGUGUUUACUAGAUUCUUGCCAGCCAGUACAAUGCAAGCUGCAUACAGCACCGCUGAACUAUACUCUACCCUAUAGUCUAGCUAAUCUUGGUCCAGCCAGACAACAGACACAGCUAGUCCGGUGUUACAAGUCGGCAAAGCAAGAGUAUCCAUAACUUUUUUAUUACAGUUAUUCGGUAUCUAUGGUAACGUGAGCAGAGACCUUAGGAAUGUCACAUGAUUGAUGACGCGUGGCCAACCUCCUCUGCAUUGUGGCAGCCCAGAGCUAAACUGACCGGUUAUUCAGGUUCUUGGGUCGGUAGUAAACAUAAUUCCUGGUUGUACACACAAAGUGAAAACAGCAACAAGCAGCCUACACUCAAAACUCAAAGCAAUGUUCCAGCUUUAUGUGAAAGGGAUAGAAGGAAAGACCUACACAGUCAACUUGGAAGGAGGGAACCCUCUGCAACAUAAAGUGGGUGACGUUAAGAAACAAGUCAAAGCCAAGACAGGCAUCGAUCCAGACAGUCAGAGGCUCAUCUACGGAGGCCAACAAAUGGAAGACGAGAAGAAGCUCUGUGAAUAUCCAACCAUUGGCAAUGGAGCAACUCUCUACCUUGUUUUGCGACUUCUUGGAGGAGCAUAUUGUCAAAGUUCUCUACGCCAUAUUGACCAGAAACUACCUCGCAGCAACGAUCCUUGUAUGAUCACAUUCGAAUACGAUUGUCCUGAAUAUCCAGUGUUUUUGAUGCCGUGUGGGCACUCUAUGUCUCCAGAUGGUUUGAUGGACUACUGCUGGAAUGAGAUCUCAUCGUGCAAGCCAGAAAUACGAUGCCCGGAAAUACGAUGCCCACUUUGCAACCAGGAGUGGCCUAUAGAAGUGAUCAGCAAGUACGGCUGUGCAACAGACACUGAGAUACACCAGCUUGAGAAUGGGCUGUCAAGAAACUUCUGCUUGAGUGAUCCGAAUAUCCUUGAGUGCCCUAUCUGCACCAGCUUCUGCGAACGAAGAGAUACGACCAAUUUGUGUGUUCAAUGCAUUGUUUGCACGAAAAAGAAAGGUAAAUAUUGCUACUUUUGCUGGGAGUGUCUUGGAGAAUGGAAGAAUAACCUGGGUGCUGACACCUGUGGAAAUGCCACCUGCGGAGAUCCAGUGCUUCUGAGGCAACUUGCAACUGCUCCUAUGAUUACACCACUGGGAUUGAAUGUGCAAUGCCCAAAGAUUAGAGCUUGCCCAAACUGUGGCACUCUCAUUGAUCAUACCUCGGGUUGUAAGCACAUGACAUGUACGAAUUGCAAUCAAAGCUUCUGCUUUGUGUGUCUACGUAUGAAAUCGAACGGAAGUUCGUCUUGUGGUAGCUACAGCACACCAUGUGCACCUGCUCCAAGGCAAACAAGAAUUCCACAACGUAGCAAGUAGCAAACUAUGCUAACUCUUGAACUGAAGGCAGUUAAGAAACUGUCAGUAAAUUUAUCAUUACAUGUCCGUAUGUAAGUAUACAUAAUUGUACACACAUUUAAACUUGUGCCCAAAAAAUUAUUGUUGAUUGUCAAA